AUGACUGCUGAACUGAAAGAAGAGGAGAUCCUCGCUUCCAAAUUCGAAGAGCAAAAGAUUGAUCUUGACAAGCCUGAGGUUGAAGACGAUGAUGACAUUGAUGAGGACGAUUCCGAAGAUGAUGACGAGGCAGAGGGACAUGAUGGAGAGGCGGGAAGCCGGUCAAAGCAAAGCAGAAGUGAGAAAAAGAGUCGUAAAGCGAUGCUUAAGCUUGGGAUGAAACCCAUCACUGGUGUUAGCCGUGUCACCGUCAAAAAGAGCAAGAACAUCCUGUUUGUGAUAUCGAAACCCGAUGUGUUCAAGAGUCCAGCUUCAGAUACAUAUGUGAUCUUUGGUGAGGCCAAGAUAGAUGAUUUGAGCUCGCAGCUUCAGACACAGGCUGCAGAGCAGUUCAAGGCUCCGGACCCGAGCAAGGUGGUUUCAGCAGGAGAAACAUCGAGCGGUGCAGCUGCAGCUUCUGCUGCUCAGGAUGAUGAAGAGGUGGACGAAGAGGGUGUCGAGCCAAAGGACAUUGAGCUUGUGAUGACCCAAGCAGGAGUUUCUAGGCCAAGGGCUGUUAAGGCUCUCAAGGAGGCUAAUGGUGAUAUAGUCUCUGCCAUCAUGGAACUUACCACCUAA